UUUUGCAAGCAAACUGUCAAAACGUUUUGUUGACAUCUUUCGCUGGAGACGCGUUUGUUUCUUUCGUAAAUUAUUUUUCUCCGAAAAUUGCGUGAAAUACGUACCUAAAAUCGUUGAAUUUCAUUCCAGUUGCUAACCUCAAAUCAUCCGCCAAAAUGACGACGGCUAUGCCCAUCAACCCGAAGCCGUUCCUAAAUGGCCUGACCGGUAAGCCAGUCAUCAUCAAGCUCAAGUGGGGUCACGAGUACAAAGGAUUCCUAGUGUCUGUGGACGGAUACAUGAACAUGCAGCUGGCCAACACCGAAGAGUUCGUCGACGGACAGAACACCGGUCACCUGGGGGAGGUUCUGAUCCGGUGUAACAACGUUCUGUACAUUCGGGGCAUAGACGACGAUGACGAGGAAGGCGAAAUGAGGGACUAGUAGAGUGUACAAAAGUGAAGCAACUUUAGGUUUAAGGUAACUUACGUGAGUAAUAAACCGGAGAAGGAAUUUCGGAUGAUCGAA